AUGGCUCCUGAGGAGCUUGCCAGCUCGGCCGACUACGAUUACCCACCAGUAACCAAUGUGACGGGGAACCAGGAGGUCUUCUCCAGGUGGGAGGUCUUCUUCACCACUGUCUUCAUCCCCAUCCUCUACUCCUUCAUCUUCUUCCUCGGCCUCGUGGGAAACCUCUUCGUCAUCGUCCUGAUGGCCAAGAAGAGCGGGGGCAAGAGGAUGGUGGACACCUUUGUGCUGAACCUGGCGGUGGCCGAUGUCAUCUUCAUCUGCACCUUGCCCUUCUGGGUGGUGGCAGGGGCACGGGGGAACCGCUGGCUGCUUGGUGAAGGGCUCUGCAAGGUGAGCAGCUAUGCCAUCGCAGUCAAUCGCUGCUCCAGCAUCCUCUUCCUCACUGCCCUCAGCGUGGAGCGCUACCUGGUCAUCAGGAAGGUACUGGACACCAAGAUGAUGGGUUCCCAGAGGCACGUCCAUGUCACCUGUGGCAUCAUCUGGACCGUGUCCCUUCUCCUGGGUGCCCCGUCCCUGGUGUACCGGCAGCUGGAUGGGGACGACUGCUGGGAUGAAGAUGGAGAGGACUUCAGCCUGGCCAUGGUCUUCCUCACCUUCCUCCUGCCCUUGGGGGUUAUCUCCUUCUGCUACUGCUCCAUCUACUGCCAGCUCCAGCGCCACGUCCGGCUGGGCAGGGGCGUCCGGCGUUCCCACCGCGCCAUCGUCACCAUUGUCGCAGCCUUCCUCUGCUCCUGGUUGCCCCUCAACGCCUGCAAGGUGCUGCUCUUCUUCCUUGCCAAGGGGACGCUGGUCCUGUCCCAGGGGCAGGAGGUGGCCCUGAGGUGGGUGGUGGCCGGCAGCACCUGCCUGGCCUUCGUUAACAGUUGCGUCAACCCCCUUGUCUAUGCCCUGAUGGACAGACGCUGCCGUCCCCAAUGUCCCUUCAGUGCCCGCGCACUGGGGACGGGUCCUGGCGCGGCCACCCCCUCCUCCGCCACCGACUCCAGCCUCCUCUUCGGUGGCCGGAUCCGGACCAAGACCCCCACCGGCCCCCAGCACAGGAGCGGGACUGAGCUCCAGCUGGCACUGGGGGUCCUGCGGGGCCACCCCAGGGUGAGUCCUCCCCCCUCCUCCCCAGCGUCCCCGGGUGCCACCCCCAUCUCCCCUGUCCCACCUGGUCCUCAGCAGUAA